AACACCCCCUCCACCUCGUGGGAUGAUCGCAUCAUUUGUCUCGAUUUGUCUGGGAUGAGAGACGCCGCAGAGAAAGGUGGAGACGUCUCUUCCUCCUCCUCCUCUUCCUCCAGCUCCACGCCCCGUCUUUGUCCAUCAUGUCUCCUCCGGCGUCUGCAGCCGCGGCCACUGAGAGCAGCACGACCACCGUCUGCGAGGAGGACAGCAGGGAGGAGCAGCAGAGACCCCUGAAACAAUCGCUGAGCAAGUCUUUUUGUCGGGAGAGUUUCUGGAAAUGCCUUCUCCUCUCUGUUCUCAUGUACGGCUGCAUGGGGGUCAUGGUUUGGUGUCAGGUCACCAAAGUGACCCACCUCACCUUCGACAGCGCCUUCAAAGGGAAAUCUAUGAUGUACCAUGACAGCCCCUGCUCCGACGGAUACAUCUACAUCCCGUUGGCCCUUCUGGGCAUGCUCUACCUGGUCUACCUCGUGGAGUGCUGGCACUGCCACGUGAAGAACGAGCUGCAACACAAAGUGGACGUUGAGGGCAUCUAUGAGCGCAUUCAGAGGAUGCAGCAAGCGAAACCCUGCAUCUGGUGGAAGGCCAUCAGCUACCACUAUGUGCGCAGAACUCGGCAGGUCACGCGCUACCGCAAUGGUGACGCCUACACCAGCACGCAGGUUUACCACGAGCGCGUCAACACCCACGUGGCAGAGGCUGAAUAUGACUACAGCCACUGUGGAGUCAAAGAUGUUUCCAAACAGCUUGUGGGCCUGGAGAAGUCCCCUCUUACAAAGAUGCGCUUCACCAAGUGCUUCAGCUUUGCCAACGUGGAGUCGGAGAACUCGUACUUGACGCAGAGGGCGAGGUUUUUCACCGACAACGAGGGUCUGGAUGAUUACAUGGAAGCUAGAGAGGGCAUGCACUUGAAAAACAUUGACCUGAAAGAGUAUGUCCUGGUGCUGGCUGACCCUGAGCAUCACCCCUGGUACCUGUCCCACUACGUGUUCUGGUUUGCGUCAUUCCUCACGUUCUCCUGGCCUCUCCGAGUCUUCACUGAGUAUCGCACCGCAUACGUUCACUACCGUGUCGAGAAGCUUUUUGGCCACGACUACCUCCCAGUGACCCCUUGCGAUGACCGGCCUUACUGGCGCCGGAUUCCUCGCGUCAACACCAUUGACAGCACCGAGCUGGAGUGGCACAUCCGCUCCAACCAGCAGCUAGUUCCCAGUUACUCCGAGGCUGGCCUGAUGGACCUGGCCCAGUGUCCAUCCAGCUUCAGCGGGCUUCGUCAGAACUGUGAGCGGUGCCACAGAGCCAUCAGCUGCUCCUCGGUCUUCUCCAGGAGCGCCCUGAGCAUCUGCACCGGCGCCAGCUCCCGCAUCCCCUUCAGCAGCAGCCGCUUCUCCUUGGCGCGGCGUUACGGCUCCCAGAGGAGCUGCUUCUGGAGGAGCGGCAGCUUGGACGACCAGGAGAGUCCCAGCGAGAACACCCGCUGCCUCUCGGAGCGCCUCGGCACCGACGGCGACGAGGAGCCCCCGCACUACGAAGACGCUCUCUGCUACCCGGUCCUCAUCGUCCACUGCAGCGAGAACUGCCACAACCACAGAUCCUUCCACAGAAACAGCUCCUGCAUGGAGACAUCUUUAUGACUAGACUGAUGCAUUUGUAGCAUUAAAAAAACUUUGGAAAUCAGAACAACCUGAAUGUUGGGAGAGUGAAUCAUCAGAGCAAUAACAGUAAUUGACAGAUGCAGAAAGAAGUCACGGAGAGCAGAAAACCUCAAGAAACCACGUGAGUUCGGCUUCCAGUGGAGACGAAGACUGUUACACCAUCGCCAUAACUUUGGAGAUCUAAGCAUGAAAACCUAAGCUGUGGUGACCUCGUUAGACCUUAAGAUACUGUAUCUCAUGUGCUUUCACAUUUCAGAAACACGGAUACCUAUGAGGUAUAAGUAAAAAUAAUGGUGCAGAAUUUACUGUGAUUAAAAAACUACAAAUUAAAG